GUAAUUUUGUUACCGGUUGUCGUGCGUUUUCAAAUUAAUUCGUGUUAACCGUUGUGCUGUAUAAAUCGGUUUAAAUGUUUAAAUAAAUACAGCACUCAGUUUGUGGAGGUCUAAAAUAAUGCGGAAAUGGAGAAGUCGUACCAAAUCAGAGUCAACAAAUGCAAGUGCCGCGACAAACUCUAACCUCAUAGACCCAAAACCAUACAAAGACAUAAUACUUUCGAAGAUAUCAUGUGCAGUGACUUAUACUAUGCUAUUCCAUUUCUUAUUUAUUCUUCUAUACGUCGUUAUAGUCAAUCACAACUUCAUGGCACCCGAGGUUUGGUUGCGAUCGAUUUUGUACUCAAUUUCGUGUUUUAGUUUCUGGAUUUAUAUUCUACCGGUUGUUGUGUUAAUUUUCUUCAAAACCGCACUGUCCUCGAAGUCUUUAUUGACUAAAACGAAUGAAGGCAGUUCCACACUGCGGGAGCUUAUUUCCGGUCUCUCUGUGAAGAUAAUCUUUCUAGUGCUGCACAUUAUCGGAGGUGGAUUUGUGGUGUGGCUUUACUUAUCGCUCAGUGAAGACCAGUAUAGCGCGUUGUAUUCGAAAUGUGAUGGGCAUACUUGCAUGCAAGAGGGUGGUCUUUUUCUUAUUUUAAACGGUGCCUGGAAUGGACUGUAUUUCUACCUUCGAACACAGUCCUCACAUAAAAUGUUGUUAUUCCCUGUCAUUCAGCAAUCUAAAUUUUGUAAUUUUAAGGCGGAAUUUUUCACGAUAGUUAACGAAAGUAAAUGGUUUGCACUGUACCCGACCAUAUAUUUCACCCUUCUUUAUCACUGUCUUAGUUCAAUUGUUUAUCAAAUAUGUCUCGAAUUCGGAGUAGAAAUACAACAUCAACAGUUUGGAAUUCCGCUUUAUUUUUUGACUUGGGUGUUUAGUACUGUUUAUGUGAUACAUGCGAAUGUCUUUGAAUUUCUGUUCAAAUUAUUUUUAACAGAACAAAUCCGCCUUCCACUUACCAGAACGGACAAAAAUGCACCUUCGCUUGCAGAUGCUUUGUCACUGGACACGGUGCCUAUACUUCAGCAGUUAGCAUCUUUAGAUUUGUAUUUGUUAUCUUUGUGGUCUCCGGAAAGAAGGCAAAUGUUAUAUGCACUGUCGCAACCUGGUGGACAUCCGUACACAUGGAACCAAUUGAUUGACGUAAUCCUGAUGCUAGUGAAUAAUUUUACAGAAUCACUAAAUAAUAAUAUGGAGGCUAUAUCUACGCCAGACUUAGUGAGACCUCAAAAUACAUCUACACAUAAAAACUUCGAUGCAACACUUACUACUGUGCCGGUGCCAAUGAAAUACCUCAAUAUACGAUCGAGCCAAACCUCUUCCAUCGCGUCAAUUGCAGAAAUACAGACAAACGAUUCAUUACAAGUACAACAAACGAUCUACGUGCGAUUAAUGAAGAUACUAAGUGACCUGUACGGAUAUUUCAAAAACAUAGGCAUUAUUAAACAAAUAUUCGGAACAUCUAAGGAUGCCAAAAUCCAAGACAUCCUAAAAUCCGGACAAUCAAUGGAGUUAAUGAUAUCGGCGCUAGGAAAUAUUGUGGUGGAAUCCGUUCGAGAAGAUCCGUACGGAGUAAUACAGCGAGAUGUUCCCGAUAUAAUCGCUAGUUUAUUUCAAUUGAAAAUUGCGUUAGAAAGAUUAAAUAAAUCAUCUAUACUUCUUAAGAAAAAUUCGAGUCAUUCGAGUGUAAAAUUGAGUAACAGCGUAUAUGGUGCUACCAAGCGAAGCUUAAUAAAAAUAUGUAGACGAUUUAGAAACUAUUUACACGAAUUUAAUCUUAAAAAAGAAACUGUGGGACAAUUGAGAAGUAUAUUCUAAUAUUGUGGUUACUACAAGAAAUUCUGUUUUAUACUUUUGUACUGAAUUUGAAUAUUUGUUACCAAUUUAACUAUAUCUUUAAGUAUAUGCUAUGAAAUAAAAGUAAAACAUCUA